AUGGAUACAGCACCAAGAAUCAAGAUUUUCUUCAAGUCUGUGUGUUUUCCAGCUUUCCUAUCCCCUAUUAUCACUCUUCUUUCUGAUUCGAUGGCGGUUGUUUCUUUGCAGAUGCAUCAUCAAAUGGAGGAGGACAAAGAGGUGAUUCUUCUUGGAUUUCUUUUGUUGUUGGCUUGCGAAAAUAAGAGGCAAAAACAAAUGGGUUUUGAGAGAGACAAGGACAAGGAUUUGUUUUGGUGGAAGAUCGAGAGAGUUUCAGAAGCAGUAAUGGUUAAAGCAACAGAUGUUGCUACUUGUUUUUUCUGGUUUUCUUUGUGGAAAACAAAGAGAAGGAAAAUAGAAUUUGAGGGAGGAAAAUACCUAAAUCACUCCAACUCUAGCAAAACCUACUUGUUGCGCCUUGCUUAA